UAGGGGCAAAGCUUAGACGUUACAUACACAAAUAUUCCAAUUUUUCCAAAUACUCCAAUUCCCAAUUUCUCUGUUUCCAUUUACUCUAACUAAUGGCGGAUUCCCAUAGAAAAACUCCCUCCUUUCCACCGGCCUUAACUAUCGCCCUCGCCCUCGCCAUCGUCGCCUUUGCUUCUCUGUUCUCUGCUGUUUCAUCUUAUCACCGCCCGCCACCUCGCCGGAAUCUCUUCGUUCCUCGCCGUCGAGAUCUCGAUUCCGAUUCUCCAGAACAGGUUCAUAUAUCUCUUGUUGGUGUUGAUAAAAUGAGGAUAACAUGGAUAACAGAGGACUCUGCAGCGGCUGUGGUGGAAUAUGGCACAUCUCCUGGAGUUUACACCAAUCUUGUAAAUGGAACUACCUCCUCGUACAAAUAUGCAUUUUAUGAAUCUGGUAAUAUUCAUGAUGUAACCAUUGGUCCUCUCGAUCCCAACACCACUUAUUACUAUAGGUGCAGCUCGAACUCGGCCCGGAAUUUCAGUUUAAAAACCCCACCUGCUCAGCUCCCCAUCAAAUUUGUGGUCAUUGGUGAUCUUGGGCAGACAGAAUGGACCAAAACAACUCUCGAAAAUGUAGCGAAAUCAGACUAUGAUGUGCUCAUACUUCCCGGUGACUUGUCGUAUGCUGAUUUCAUUCAGUCUCUAUGGGACUCGUUUGGCAGGCUUGUCGAGCCACUGGCCAGCCAAAGGCCAUGGAUGGUCACUAAUGGCAACCAUGAAGUAGAGCGCAUACCAGUGAUUCAUUCCCACCCUUUCACAGCAUACAAUGCAAGAUGGCACAUGCCUUUCGAAGAGAGCUCAUCAAAUUCCAACCUAUACUAUUCAUUCAACACGGCUGGUGUGCACGUUAUCAUGUUGGGAUCCUAUACCGAUUUCGACAAGAGUUCAGCUCAGUAUGAAUGGCUCGUAGCGGACUUAAAGAAGGUUGAUCGCGCAACGACCCCAUGGAUUGUGGUGCUUCUUCAUGCUCCAUGGUAUAACUCCAACACUGCUCACCAGGGAGAGAAAGAGUCUGUUGACAUGAAGGCAGCCAUGGAAGAUCUGCUCUAUCAAGCUCGUGUAGACGUGGUGUUUUCUGGGCAUGUUCAUGCUUAUGAGCGCUUCACUCGUGUUUAUAAUGGGGAAGCAAACAAUUGUGCACCAAUAUAUAUCACAAUCGGCGACGGGGGCAACCGUGAAGGCCUUGCAAGCAAGUAUAUCGACCCGAAGCCAACGAUUUCAUUAUUCAGGCAGGCAAGUUUUGGACAUGGACGGUUUGAGGUGUUGAAUGAGACACAUGCACUCUGGACAUGGCACAGGAACGAUGACGGCAAUGUAACUGUCGUUGGCGAUUCAUUCUGGUUUAAGAGCCUCUCUUCUGAUCCAGCUUGUAGAAUAUGAGUAUUCUUCUAUAAAUUCUAUUAUUAAGCAACUAAUUAAUAUUGAAAAGGAAACAAAAGCAAUCGUUUUUUCAGUUAAGGUUUACACAUUCAAGGGAGAUGUAAGAAAUCAUCUCUGUUGAAUGAGUUUGUUUAGAUUCUCAUAGAGAUGACCACAUUUCAUCCGCACUUUUGGCUUCGUCCUCGCCCACUAUUGAAGUGAAGAUCAGAUACUGAAAAAGGCAAAUUAUAGAAUAAAUCUGCUUAGGCUGCUGAGGCACUAUACUGCAGUCUUCUUUUCUUACACACGUCAUUUGAAAUAAUAUUUGGGGUACAGUUUAUAUUGAUUUGAA